UGUACGGCGAAGAUGCCGGAUUUGACUUCUGAAACCCUUAAAGCUAUUGUGAUUACAGAUAGUUUUAAUCGCCGUUUCCUGCCUGUUACCUUGCACCAUCCCCGCGCACUGUUGCCGGUAGCUAACGUGCCUUUGCUGGAGUACACUUUGGAAUUUUUAUCGGCUAGCGGUGUUAAAGAAGUCCAUCUGUACUGCCGAGAGCAUGAAGACAAAAUACGUUUCUACAUAGAAAAUUCAAAAUGGAGCAGUUAUUCGCAAGCCUGUAAAGUUUUUGUUAAUAGCGUGCAAGAAGCAUUAAAUGUUGGGGAUAUCUUCCGCUCGAUUCAAAGGACUCAACGAACUGAUUUUCUUUCGGAUUUUUUGAUCGUUUCCGUCGGUGUCGUCUCUAAUAUGAACUUUUUCUCCGCUCUUAAAGCACAUAAAGAAAGAAAUCAAAAGAACCCCAACUCUUUAAUGACUCUUGUCAUGAGUAAAGCAGAUCCUGGCCAUCCUAUACGUUCCCAGGAAGAAGAAAUUGUGGUAGCUUUGGACGAUUUUGGCCUUCUUCUUGAAUAUGUCCCUCUCGUAGCAGUCGACUCCGCUAACAAAAAUAAACUUCUUCCGUUACAAAUUUCUAGUGGCUUGUUUAGUAAGGCUUCUACUUUCACGAUACGUUCGGACCUUCUUGACUGCCGUAUUGCUAUCUGCUCGCCUCUUGUACUUGAAUUGUUUGUUGAUAAUUUUGAUUACGACAAUAUUGCUCAUUUUAUACGCGGCGUGUUAGACGACGAACUCAACGAGUACCGCAUAUUCACUCACAUUCUCGACAAUGAGUACGCGGCGAGAGUCUCGAAUCAUAAAACUUACGAAGCUAUAUCGAUGGAUGUCCUCCAUCGUUGGACAUUUCCUUUUGUUCCUGACGUUAUUUUAUAUAACAAUUCGUCUUAUAAAUAUAAAAGAAACAAUAUAUACAUCGACGACGAAGUGAGCUUGGCAAGAUCCUGCAAACUUGCAAGAGAUAUUAUUAUUGGCGGUUAUUCUCGAAUUGAAGACGAUGUUUAUAUUGAAGGCGCAAUCAUUGGACGCAAUUGUGUUAUAGGAAAAGGCUGCCGUCUACACAACUGCUAUAUAUACGAUAACGUUCAUCUAGGAGAGCAUUGUACCAUCGAAAAAGGAGCGAUUCUGAGCCACAACGUUUUGCUAGGGGCCCAUGUGCUUGUCCAAGAAAAAGCAGUUCUUGCCGACACUGUCACCCUUCCCGAUAAUCACGUGGUUGCUCCCUACCAAAGAUACUAUUAUGAUUAUGAAACAGGGAAAAGCGCUGUCUGGGUACCCGCAGAAGAAGACGACUCAGCUCAUGAAAUUGACGAAAGCAUUGCAACUGCCGUUUCGUCCGAUUCAACCUCCAAUACGGACCAUGAGGAGCAUGAACUUUUAUGCCCGGAAGAACUAUUUAUUAGAGAGCUCUCCGAUUCGCUGAAAGCUGCUGUCCAGAGCUAUCGCAACUUUUCAGCUGAUAAUUUAGUUUUAGAAAUAAACUCUAGUAAACAUGCCUAUAAUAUACCAAUGGCCCGCGUUAUAGAGCUACUUUUUAUAACUCUUCUUCGCGAUUCGCUAUAUUCUAAUAUUAACGAAAGGCUGAACUAUUUGUUAAGGAUUUUUUCACAAUUGAAAGAAGUAUUCCAACAUUAUCUUCGCAGCGGAACUGAUGAGGUUGCCGCUUUAGAAGCCAUCGAACAUCACUGCAGUGAAACGACAGACAUCGAAGUCUGCCGUCAAAUAAUACAAAUAUUAUACAAUUUAGAGCUAAUUUCUGAAGAUGCUGUUCUUUAUUGGUUUUCAAAAAAACUCUCCAACACACUCAUCAAACAAAAGAUGGCUAGAUUUGUCAAAUGGCUGGAGGAGGCAUCAGAAGAAGAGGCUUCUGAAGAUUAACUUAUUAC